UUCUCCGACCAUUCCCCCCCAAGAGUCUGAUGCUUCGCAGACAGCUAGUGUCAUCCCUGAAACGGCCAGCAUAAAUAAUAUUACUGAUACAACGAAUGAAUUGAGCCAAAGUUAUUUCGAAAAUAACACUCUUGAGAUACAACCAGUUGCAGCUCCAAGUGGAAGACAAAAAAAGAGACAACUUGAAGACGACAAUUCUGAUAAUGGUGAUAUUAAUAGGCGGCGCAGAGAUUGGAGUCAUGCCGAAACGCUUGCUCUUAUUGAGGUUGUCAGUUCAAAUUGGAAAUCACUGAACGGAAAAAGAACGAAUGCAGAGAAGGCACGAUGUUGGCAAGCAAUGUUUGACAAAUUUUCAGAACGAAUUCAAGGACGUACAUUAGGGAGUUUCAAGAAAAGAUGGGCGAGACUGGUAGAAGAAUAUAAAUUGUUUCUGGAUAAUAACAAGAAAACAGGGGCUGAGCCAAUAGAAUUUGACUAUGAAGAGGAAAUGCGGGAAAUAUUCAAAGACGAUCCAGUUUUCAAUCCAGUUUAUGAUACUGAAAGUAGAGAAGAAAAGAAUUCAGCGAAAGAACAAAGAGAGAAAAAAAGAAGAGAAAAAAAAGAGAAGCAGCGUGCAGAAGUUCCGACCCUAAUAAGGGACUUGCAUGAACAGUCUCUGCAACAAACAGCAGAGUUUUAUGACAGACUGUUGCUGAGAAUAGAUGGUUUAAUCGAUGCAAUUAAGCAUAAUUGA